AUAUUGUGACAACGCAUAGCAACUCGGUUUACGAUUGGCCAGUGCCUGUGAGUUACCACACUGCGAAAAGGUCUUCCCCUCAGCGACAUGUUCAGUAAUCGGAGACCUCUCUUGACUGCACGAUUGAGGAUGGACGCUGAGAGAGAACCGUGCAUGCCGUGCGAGAUUAUCAAAGAUCGUCUCUACUUUUGCACCUUGAGAACACGACCACGCAGCAACGCAGCGACGCAUUAUUACUGCGUGGACGAAGAGUUCCAGUACGAAAACUUCUAUGCCGACUUUGGUCCUCUGAAUUUGGCCAUGCUGUAUCGAUAUUGUCGCAAGCUGAACAGAAAGCUGAAAGCUAGUACUCUAGCCAAGAAAAAGAUCAUUCACUACACGUCGUUCGACAGCCGCAAGCGAGCGAAUGCUGCUUGCCUCAUCGGCUCCUACGCUAUCAUCUACCAGAGGAGAAGUCCCGAAGAGAUGUACAAGCUCGUCACGCUCGGCCAGCUGCCCUACUUACCGUUCAGGGAUGCGUCGAUUGGUGGCUGUAUGUUUCACCUCUCGCUGCUUGACGUUUUUCAGAGCGUCCAAAAGGCCGUUCAGUUCGGAUUCUUGGACUUCAGUCAGUUCGACGUCGAGGAGUACGAGCACUACGAGAAAGUCGAAAACGGCGACCUCAACUGGAUUGUUCCGGGCAAACUGCUCGCAUUCAGCGGCCCACACAAUCGAAGUCGAAUAGAGAAUGGAUAUCCGCUUCAUGCCCCGGAGUCGUACUUUGACUACUUCAGGUCGCACCAGGUGACGACCGUCGUGCGAUUGAAUCGCAAGACGUACGAGGCGAAGAGAUUCACGGACGGAGGAUUCGAGCACAAGGACAUGUUCUUCACAGACGGCAGCACUCCUAGUGAUACGAUAGUCAAGAAAUUUAUUACUGUGUGUGAGAGUGCGAGGGGAGCCAUUGCUGUGCAUUGCAAAGCCGGAUUGGGACGCACCGGCACUCUGAUUGGUUGUUACAUCAUGAAACAUUACAAGUUCACAGCUGCUCAGGCGAUUGCUUGGAUUAGGCUUUGUCGACCGGGUUCCGUGAUUGGUCCGCAACAGCAUUUUCUCAGCGAGAAACAGAGUUGGUUGUGGGCAGAGGGAGAGCGUUAUGCAGCUUCGUGUGCUCGAGAACAGGAGAAGGAUAGGAUCAGCAGUGUCCAGAGUGGGCUGGGUGCCAUCAUGUUGUCAGAAAAGCCUGCUGACAAACCAGUGGAGGUUGCAGUUGGACCGCUUAGACAAUCGCAAGGAGACGGUCUUCUGAAGGUGAAGGUAUCCCAUGCGACGGCUAGGGUUCGAGGUGCCACGACCGGUAGCAUCAAACUGAGCGACAUGCAACCUUCACAUCAUCAGACGACUUCUAGUCCUUUUAGAGUCGCCAGUGCAGCGGCAAUACAGCCUUUGGUAUCGCCUCUCAAACUGACAAAGCCGACUGUGUCGGCUCCGAAACGAAGCAAGACCCCACAGGUUUCCUCCCUAAAGAGGUCGCAGCCUCGGAUUCCUUCAAGAGUGUCAGUGAGGACAUCGUCGUUGGUGACCGCGAACUCUUGAUUUUAUCUAGUUUGUGUUGGGCUGGCCCAAUUUUUGGUCGGUCGUUUAUAGAGAGUCUAGAGGGUUUAUACUUUAAUUAGGUGUACAGUGCCGAGAUUAGGUUGUAAGACUGCAAUACUAUGUAGAUUAGAGCUGCUGGAAUAGUUGUAUGAUAGACAUGUAGGAUGAUGGCAAGGGCUAUGCCUUUGCACUAUGUUUGUUAUCGACACGUGACCGGAAUGGUGGAUUAGAUUGGUAUUGGUAUCAA